AUGUCAUCGGUACGGAGCAGCUCUCUCUUUGCAGCCUCUAUCCUCGCUCUUCUUGUCUCUAUCGUCGCAUUAUACUACCUCGAGCUGGGGCUGAACAUAGACUUCUUGCUACAGGGUAAAGGAACGAUCACGGACUGGGUGAAGCCGGGCGACACCUCGGGCGAGUUCAAGAGACAGGUUUCGUCGUUUCGGAACUGGAUCUCAAGCGAUCCGAACGCUGAAUUUCCCGCGGAGAAGGGGAGAUACCAUCUAUACGUCAGCUACGCUUGUCCUUGGGCACACCGGACACUCAUCGUGCGGAAACUGAAGGGUUUGGAAGAGAUCAUUCCCUACACCAGCGUGCACUGGCACCUGGCCGAGAAAGGCUGGCGCUUCGCCACACCCGACGAGCAGGUCGCUGGCGACAAUGUCACCCCAGACCCCCUACACCCGGAAUACACCCAUCUUCGGGACCUCUACUUUGCCGCCAACCCGAACUACGAGGGUCGCUUCACGGUGCCCACCCUCUGGGACAAGAAGAAACAGACGAUCGUGAGCAACGAGUCCGCGGAGAUCAUCCGCAUGCUCUACACCGCGUUUGACGACCUCCUUCCUGAAAAGUACAAAAACGUGGUGCUGUACCCGGACGACCUCCAGGCCAAGAUCGAGGAGGUGAACAAGUGGACCUACGACGACAUCAACAACGGCGUCUACAAGUCCGGCUUCGCCACCACCCAGGAAGCCUAUGAACGCAACGUCGUCCAACUCUUCAAGUCGCUCGACCGCACCGAAUCCAUCCUCGCCGAAUCCUCGUCUAAGGGACCGUUCUAUUUCGGCUCGCAGCUCACCGAGGCCGACGUGCGGCUGUACACCACGAUCGUUCGCUUUGACCCGGUCUAUGUGCAGCAUUUCAAGUGCAACCUCAAGGACAUCCGGAGUGGGUACCCGCACCUCCACCGGUGGUUGAGGCAUUUGUACUGGACCAUCCCGGCGUUUGGCGAGACGACACAGUUUGAACAUAUCAAGAAGCAUUAUACCAAGAGCCACAAGCAGAUAAACCCGUUUGGAAUCACGCCGGUCGGACCUGUGCCGGAUAUUCUGAAGGAGGACGAAGAGGUCGGUGCGGUGGUGAAGAAGUGA